GGACGACGUAACCUUUUCCCUGAUGGCUCUAGUGAGGAAAAAAGCAGGAUAGCAGUGUUAUUAACCGCCAUCUUCCUGCUGAGUCUGUCCUGGCAUAAAAGCUUGUUUCAGGUCUAAUGCCGGUGUGGAAAUGGCCCAAAGUUUGAAUCCUAUAGUGGUUACAGAUUGUGAAAAUCAUUCAGCCACUUCCAAUGUAAAAUGUCAGCCGGGGAUGAGCUCUCCCUAUCCCAGCGGAUACUUCUACAAUUACACCUGGCGCCCCGUUUACUGUGACAUGACCGUCUAUAAGUCGGGGGACGACUUCAUUAAAUGUCUGCAGGGGAAGAAACUCUUCCUCAUUGGAGAUUCCACGUUACGUCAGUACAUGGUGCACUUCACCGAGGGGAUCAAGAUAGUAAAAUAUUUCCGUUAUCAUGAGGGUGGAUGGAAUUCAUGGGAGAAGACACUUGAAGCUUUCAACAUGGAUAAGGACAUUUAUGUUUCCUUCAAAAGGCACGGCUUCCCCCUGGAGAGCUUCACGUUCUUCUACUCCAAGGAGGACAUGUACACGAGUCGUCAGAUUGACCAACGUGGUGGGGGGAAGGACACCAUCAUUGUAAUUACCAUGGGACAACACUUCAGGCAGUUUCCACUAAAACUCUACAUUAGACGAGCGAUCAACAUCCGUAGAGCCGUGGAGCGAUUGCUUCUAAGGAGUCCAGAUACCAAGGUCAUCAUCAAGACGGAAAACACCAGAGAAGGAACUGCUCCUCAAGAGAGAAUUGGUGACUUCAAUGGUUAUUGCCAGUAUCUGGUGCUUAGGGAGGUCUUCCAAGGGAUCAACGUGGGCUUCGUGGAUGCUUGGGACAUGACGGUAGCCUCCUCCAUGGAGUGUGUUCACCCUAUGGGAUACACAUUGGACAGUAUAAUGAGCAUGACGUUCACCUUUGCUUGUUAA